AUGUAUGUGCGACAGCUCUCUUUAUCGCAUAUCUCAUCUGGUAUAUUCACAGCGCUAAUACUCUACAGGCGUGUUAUCAUCAGAGAAGACCCUCGCUCGGCGUCUGUGUACAUCGCAGACUACAUCAUCAGCCGCAUCCAGGCUUUCAAGCCCACCCCGGAGCAGCCCUUCGUCCUCGGUCUGCCCACCGGCAGCAGCCCGGAGUUUAUCUACAAGAUCCUCGUGCAGCGCCACCGUGCCGGCGAGAUCUCUUUCAAGAAUGUCGUGACCUUCAACAUGGAUGAAUACGUGGGACUUCCUCGUGACCACCCGGAAUCCUACCACAGCUUCAUGUACAAGCACUUCUUCUCGCACGUGGACAUCCCCCCACAGAAUAUCAAUAUUCUCAACGGCGAAGCCACCGAUCUGACCGCGGAGUGUGCGGCAUUCGAACAGCGCAUCGCCCUCUACGGCGGUAUUGAGCUCUUCCUCGGCGGCGUCGGACCCGAUGGCCACAUCGCCUUCAACGAGCCUGGAUCCUCGCUCAACAGUCGCACCCGAGUCAAGACCCUCGCCUACGACACCAUCCUCGCCAACAGCCGCUUCUUCGGCAACGACGUCACCAAGGUGCCCCGCAUGGCCAUGACCGUCGGCAUCAAAACCAUCAUGGAGUCACGGGAGGUGGUCAUCGUAGCCACGGGCGCACACAAGGCCAUCGCCGUGCAGAAGGGACUCGAAGAGGCCGUGAACCACAUGUGGACACUGUCCGCGCUGCAGCUCCACCAGCACCCACUGGUUGUGUGUGAUCGGGACGCGACUCUCGAACUCAAGGUCAAGACGGUUCGAUACUUCGAAUCCAUCGAGCAGGCUGGAACCGAUGCCCGCACCCAGGGACCCGCUCUGGUCUACCGGCCCCGGACUUAUGUUCCGGGCCCCAUGCCCAAGACCCCCAAGACUGCGCAGCAGGAGACCCCCGAUCGAACCCCCGAGAAGGUUCCUAAGGAUCUGCGCAUCAAUACCGAGUUGCACCACGCCAUGGAGGAUGACGAGCUUACUCCCGAUAGCAUGUCUUCGCGCCUCGUGGACUCGGCCAUUGGUGGUUUGGACGGAACCAUCAAGAGUGAUCUGAUCUUCGACCGUAUGGGCACUCGCAUGACUGCGCUGUAG